UUCUCUUACCUGCUCAAAUGGAUGGUGUCAGUGGCAUAACGGUCUUUGAGAAGAUAAAUGAAAUAGUGAUGGUCAAAGGAAAACAAUUUUACACAAUUUAUGACGGCAAAAGACUGAAAGAGGCAAUACCUAUUCUAUAGUCUAUUUUGACAGUAUGUGAUGGCAAAUGAUGGCCAGUCGUGAGGGUUAAUGUGUGUAUACAUGGUUAUGAGAGUUUCACCUAAACAUAAACAACAUGAAGUACUCUGCUGGGAAUUUUCGCGAGAUGGCUGGGAACGCUAAGACUGUCUCGAAUAAUGAAAUUCAUGUAAUUCUUGAGGGGUAUUCAUUCACAGAUAAUAGCGGUAGAUACAGAGCAAAUGGUACAGCUACUCUCGUGAGAACAACAAAUCACAAUAUAAUGGUGGACACUGGAAGUCCGAGAGACAAACAAAAAAUCCUUGAUGGACUUCAGAAUUUGGGAUUAACACCAGAGGACAUUGACCAUGUGGUUUCCACACAUGGCCAUGUGGACCAUGCAGGGAAUCUUAACCUCUUUCCUAAUGCAGUGCACAUUAUGUGCCGGGACAUUUGCGAAAACGAUGACAUAUAUAAGGAUGAUCCAUUCAAAGAAGGGCAUAAGUACUCCAUAGAGACAGGCCAAGUUGAAGUUUUUCCCACACCGGGUCAUACUCUUGGCGAUGUAAGCGUCAUUGUGUACAAUACAAAGUAUGGUGCUGUGGUGAUUUCCGGGGACUUGUUUGAAUGCAGGGAUGAUUGUGGGGUCUGGCAGGGAAAUAGUGAAUGUGUGGAAAAACAGAUUGUUAGUAGAGACCGUGUGUUAAAGAUGGCUGACUGGAUAGUACCAGGUCAUGGGCCAAUAUUCCAGGUAGAGAAAGUCAAUUAGGUGAGUAAUAACCUUUAUGUUACAUGCUAUUGUUAGCCUGCGUUGACGGCGGAACUUCACACUGGAAUAGUCUGUUGGCGAAACAGUGACCAUUGUCUUGUUCUGAUCGAUCAAUCAGAUUCGGCUACUCAUUUUCAAGUAGAACACUAGCUAUUGUCUGCCUUGAUAUGAUAGCAAGUGUAGUUGAGUACCAAGGAUUUGCUGAGGUAUCGCAUUCUUAGUUAUGGAAAAAGGAUAGUAUUUGCAAUGAUCCUUCAAUAAGAAAUUACCUACUUUUUGGUGGCCAAAGGGGGUACACAGGACUCUGCGCACCCCCCUGUGUACACACCUACUCGCAGUCUUUGCUUCCUUUUGGUCAGUCCAAGAUACUUUUUCUGUAGAUAUAUUUGUGUCUGCAAGGACUGUUAAGUCUGUCUCUGGAUGUUAUUUUUUGUCAUGCAUAUAAAAGAAUUGUUCUUGCUGAAUGAGCUAUUGAAUUAGGAUAAAAUAUCAUAAGAUCCAAAAAAACAUAACUUGCUGGUUUUUUUCAUUGGGAAUCCUGUUGCACUUAGGGCUUGAACAGGGGGGGGGGGUGCAUGGGCACCCCCUUGGCACUCGAAGAGAUAACAAGCACUGCACUGGGUCUUUGUCAUCAAGCAGAUGAAAACUAUUACAAAUCAAUCAUCCAACCAUUCAAAUGGUCUUUAAACUAUUAAUUGUAUUGCUGCAACAAAUUAUUAAAUUCUAAAGCUGUGAAACCUGUUGGAUGGUAGUAUUAUAUUCCUUAGAUUCUGUAUGGGGGGAGGGAUAGGCAAGUUUCUAGUCAUUCCUGUUUUAAUAAGUAAAUUUAAUAAGAUGCUUGUCCCCCUUGUAAUUUGAGGUGCAGAUAUAACAUGGCUGAAUAAAGGGUGCAUUAAGCUGCCACCAUAUGAUUCACAUCUGACAAAAAAACAGCUUAGGAUCAAAAUUGUAAGCUUUUGCUGAGGGACAAAAAACAGAGAAUGGUCUACCAAAUAUUGCUCUCCAAAUUUUUGGGGAAGUGUCCAUUUGCAAGGGAGGCAGACCCCUUUUUCCUGUAUUGAGGUAGGGGGGAAAGCCAUGCCCCUUUUGGCUUUUCCUUAACGGAUAAGGCACUUUGUUACCUUUUCAUUUACUAUAUUUUAAAGCCAGGAUGAACGUAUGUGAAUUGGUGAAAAGUUAGUUGAGAUAUAUACCCAAAAAUAUAAAACAAUUUUCUCCACAUUGGGAUUUGCUAUUAUAACUAAAACGCAAUAUUUGUAGCGUGUUUACUGGUAUCAGUUUCUUGUCCUUUGUUACGUGACAUUAAAAUGCAUGAUGCCUCCAAGCAUAGUAUCAUAAUUAUGUUGAUAAAACACACCCUCAGAAUCUUACACACAUAAGGGCUUUAAUUCUACUGUCAUACCACGAUAACAUUUAUAUUUGGUUGUAAUAUUAACUGCAGCAUCUAUUUAUAUUAUGAUAUUGUACUAUUACUAACUUUUUCGAUUCAAGAAUAAAGGAAUACAAAGGAGCAUGUAGCUCAGGCCUGUGACACGCUUGAUUCAUCUCAAACAACACAAACAAUAGUGAGAAAAAUAUUAGUUGUUAACUCAAUUAAAACUGGAAAAAUAAAAUGCAACAGUAAUAAUAAGUCUAUCUUUGGCAUAUCGCUGCUAGCGUAAUGACUUCAUAAUCUUCAGUUCUCUGUGAAUAGGUGUGGCGGAUAUUGUUCUUGUGUUAAAUUAACUGCUUGACUAGGAAAUCUCUCUCCCGUAGCGGAUAAAUUAUCACUGGUAAUCAACUUGUUUAUGCUUCUACAUAUGUUCAGUUAUCAUGUCCCUUGUUUUGUCCAAUGAAGAUUGCUCUCGCUCAAAACGCUGCAAUGUAGGCAUUUCAACCGUACUGACCAAAGAUAAUCGUAGCAACACAAAUAUUUUCCUGUCGGGCAUGUAUUAUCGCCCGCUCAACUAGCAGCCAGAUCGGCCGUGAACCAUAUUGGUCGCCGCAGUGUAAGGCAGUUUCACUCCUGACAUGAGGAAGUUCGUGAAGUCCGUACAACCACUACAGCACGCCGAGAAGGGUGACACUAGCGCGUAGAAAACAGCGGCUACAAUUCCAAGCGGCCACGCAAGGCAGAUAAGAAUAAGAAACCAUAUAAAGGACCAAAGCCAGCCGCAGUUUGCCAUUUCAAUCGUAGGGUAGUGUUACAGUCAAGCUAGAGCUUGUGAGACGGCGUGGAAUGCGAGCGAAUUGAAGUCUCGAGCACCACAAUAAGCAGAAAAGAAAAUUGAAUCACGCCUAGAUCAUACGAUGCUUGAAUCGAAUGCUAAUCGUACAUAUCUAGGCGUGGUAAAAGACCUUUGAUUCGCUUUGACCCUGUGGUCAGUCACGCAACGGUCAUUUAGUGGUCGGUGGAUCUUGCGGUGUUUCUAAAUGCAACUUAAACAACUCUAACCUCUGACGGUAUUGUAAAACUAUUCGCAAAAGAGCUUUUGCGGAGAUCGCUGAUCGCCAGGUGGCGGUGGACGAUGGAUACACUGAUGGAAACCCAACGUUUCACUUUUCCGGAUGACUGGAGGCUGGGGUCGUUCUUUUGUUUCUAAAGGAUGUUCUUUUGGUGUUUCUGGUGUUUUCUUGGAUGCUUGUGUCUAUAUUAAAAUAUAAAACCCAA